AGCGACUCAAAAGAAAAAACAGUUUUUUCCUAGCGACUUUUCCUUUACAAUACAUAGACACCACCAUAAUUCUUUACGCGUGCGCCUUGAUGUCCCGAGGACUCCACCUACGCCAGAACCCAAAUAAAGUAGCUGCGUAAUAGAUAGUCUACGACCAGAAACAUGACGGACGCGAUGGCGUCGAAGGCCAUUCCCAAGGCCGCGGGCUACGGGGGAUCCACCACCUCCAGCUCAAAUCCGUACGCGAACAGGGCGGACUAUGGAAGCGUCAGGUUUGAAAUCGUCAAAGUUGAAAUAAUUUGCAAUGCAUAAAAUGCAUGACCCGAGGUGCGUGUAUUGCAGAGCAGGCAAGUGAGGCCGAUUGUAAGCCUGUUUGGCGUUACAGCUCGAGCUGCUAAAGUAGCAUGAGAAAAUCGCUCUUCUUUGCCUAAGCAGCAUGACAAACUGGAUUUAGGGACCGCCGAAAUCUGUCAUGCGCCACUUGGAAACUGGGCUCCAACUGGCAUCCAUUUUAUGCAUGACAAAUUAUUUCAACUUUGUCGAUUUCAACUCUGACACAUCCAUACCGACAAGGCCUUCGAAGAAAAUUUGCAGAAGGAGGAGAAGCACCGCGCGGCGCAGGGGAGAAAACGGGAGCGGCAGAACGGUGGCUCGAGUGAUCAAGUGAUCGACGUGGAGACGCAAGUGAAAGUUCCCGCCGACAUUGCGGACAAGGUGUUAAAAAAACCAAGAAGGGAGUGCCCGUAUCUCUCGACCGUAAAUCGGAACGUGCUAGACUUCGAUUUCGAGCGCGUUUGCUCAGUGACGAUGAGGGACCAAAACAUCUACGCGUGUCUGGUCUGCGGGAAGUUCUUUCAGGGUAUACAUGUUUGUACAUACAAAUUCGUUUGUAGACCCUGAUCACGUUUUUCAUCGAGUGUAAGCAUUUUGCAUGCCUUUAUUUCCACAUCUUCCCGGAAGAACCCAUUGGAAAAUGUAAUUGCAUAAAUAAAGAAGACAAUCGCAAUUCGUCGACGUUGAUCUUGCCCACUUUUCUUCAGGUCGCGGCAAAGGCACCACGGCAUACCUCCACUCGCUCGAGUGCGAGCAUUACGUUUUUAUCAAUUUGGACAACGCGAAGAUCUACUGUCUCCCCGACGAUUAUGAGGUGAUCGACGCGUCACUGAACGACGUGAAGUUCAAUCUGCGGCCGAAAUACCAGCUCCACGACAUUUUGGAGAUCGACAAGGGCAACCACGCAAAGUCCCUGGAUGGGACGGAUUUUAUCCCGGGAUGUGUGGGGUUGAACAACAUUAAGCAGUCGGAUUACCUGAACUGCUUUCUACAGUUGCUCUGCGUGGUCAUACCGGUGCGGAAUUGGCUCUUGCUGCACGAGUACGAAGACAAAAACACACUGGCGCUGAACGGAAUACACAAGGUAAGUUUUGAUGGAAAAAAGAAUUUCAUUAUGUACCCUUGCGUGUUGGUGUUUUUUUUUCCAAUUCGCCGGCGUAGCUGAUUGCGGUGCAUGAAUAGAGACAACGUGACAAGUUUUGUCGUCCAUGAUUAUAUUUUAUUGAACCUCGUCAGCUGCUCGAGGAAUGAAAAUGAUGAGUAGGAAAUCGACAAAGAACAAAAAUCAACCAAUCCCCCUUGUACAGAAACCGGAGGAUCCGGUGGUCCGCACGCUGUCGGAGUUGAUGAAGAAAAUCUACAAUCCGCAAAACUUCAAGGGCAUUGUGAGUCCCCACGAAGUAUCAAGUGUAAAAAUGUCUCGGUCUGGAAGAAUGCAAGUUUGUCAUGCGUGUGUGGCAUGACUCGGGAAUCUGUGUUGCAUAGGCACGAAAAAGCCCUCUUACCUGUCAUAAUAAAACGCAGCUUGCCAUGCGGAAUACGUAAGACAUGGCAGCCAAAAAAUUUGUGAUGCAUAGCUGCGUAUUGCAGUGCGUCUAUCAUUCAUUUUUAGCAUUACAAGUUUCCAGACCCAGACACUUUUGCAUUUGAUACGAAGUGUUUCAAGCCAUCGGGAAGGUGAGCCACAAGAAGUUCUACGGCGAACAGCACGACCCAGUGGCCCUGUUCAGUUACCUGAUGUCCUACCUGGCGAGAAAGAAGAUGCCCAUUUUGACCAAAACGUUUGAGGGCGAGGUGGGGGUAAAGUCCUCCCCCGUGUCACUGACCAACUGGACGGACUCGAGUCACAAGUCGGUGGUGUUGCAGCUCGACGUGCCCCCCGCGCCGCUGUUCAAGGAGAACGUAAAUUUCAUCCCGCAAGUGCCCCUGUUCACCCUGCUGGAAAAAUACAACGGGGAAACCAUACACGUACCACUUCAUAAGGAAGAUCAUCCAUUCUUGUUGUUUUCGGUGAUAGAUUUAGAUUGUCGUUUUGUUUGGUGAGGAGCUCGUGGUCGUCCCCCUUCCACUUCUACCUAGGGUUCAGCUGAUACAUACCCAACACCUGGUUGUGUACAACAUUCAAAAGCAAAACUACCCUACCCAACAGGAAUCCAUCGCGAAAACGGGAGAGGACCGGCAGCAGAGAAAAUUCACGUUGCGCAGGCUACCGCCCUACGUGUUGUUCCAAAUAAAACGAUUCAAGCACAACGGGUACUUCACCGAAAAAAAUCCGACGAUCAUCAAUUUCCCCCUGCGUGACCUGGACCUCAAAACAUGUAGUUAUUUUGUGUUUUUUUUCGCUUUCGCUUUUGUAAAAGAAAUAAACGCAUGAGACAGUAUCUGGCCUGCUCUCCGCUUUCUGCAUUGUUCACCUGCGGUCAUGUUGCACGAUUUUUUUUAAUGCGAAUAGUUUUAGUUGUAUCUUUCAAGAAAGUCAAAUGUACAACUCACGACACCUCUUGGCAGACCUCCACCCCGGAGCCGCGGCAGCGAACCCGAUCACCAACUAUCACCUGGUGGCGUCCAUCAUUCAUUCCGGAAAGCCAAAAGGCGGCGAGUACAAGAUUCACUGCUUGCACAAGGAGCUCAACACCUGGCACGAGGUUCAGGAUCUGCGGGUCUCAGAGGUGCUGCCACAAGCAGUCGCGUUAGCUAUCCUGGGUGAAGAAAAUCUUCGUGGUCACGAUAAUAUCAUAGUCAUGCUGGGUCAUAAAAGUAGUAGGUUGUUAUGUCGCUUACGCUUGUUUCGCGCUUGCACACAGAGAAAGGGGCUCUCUGUUGACUUGUGCAUGACAUCUACAAAUGUUUUUGGGCCGGCAGGUUAUUUAUGAAGCCUUUGUUACGAUCGCGGUAUGAAAGAGCCUGAGCUCCUUUCACGUAGACGUACUGCUUGGAGCAAGCUGGCAAAAAAU